AUUUGAUAAAAUUAUUGAUUUUGAUUUGCUCCGUUUUCAUUUUUGCCUCGCAAUCAAUCCCAAAUAUUUGGUUGUAAUCGUUUCUUUUUUAUUGAGAUUAUCAUCAUCACCCAAACAAAGAUUAACACACUUACCAUUAAUCAUAAUCAUCCACAUUAUCAACCACAACCAAAGCAAAGAAACAUCGUCACAAGACCGAUUUUAAAUAAAAAACAAAACACGCACAUUACACAUUAUUGAUUGAUCCUAACAAGCAAAAACAAAACAAAAAUCAAUCAAACUUUGAAAAAGUAAAAGAAUUUUUUUCCUGAAUCUUUAGUCUUGCGAAACGAUUUAAUUGACAAUAAUCUUUAAUUAAUUGGAAAACAAAGAAACGAUUUAAGAAUGGCAAUUACGGCACAUGUAGUUAGUUCGGAAGUUUGUGGUGGUGAUAAAUCGAUAAAAAAAUAUACUGUCUAUAAAAUAGUCGUGGAAUAUGGACAACAAUCAUGGGUGUUUUAUCGUCGUUAUAAUGAAUUCAGUAAAUUAUGUGAUUCACUUAAAAAACAAUAUCCAUAUCUUCACCUGAAAUUACCGGGUAAAAAAUUAUUUGGAAAUAAUUUUAGUACAGAUUUUAUCCGAUCAAGACGUCAAGGUCUGGAUACAUUGGUGCAACGCAUAUUUGCCGAACCACAACUUUUGGAUCUAACCGAAGUGCGGGAUUUUUUCCAAUUUGAUAAUAGCCUGAAAAAUAGUAUGGAUGAUGAAGAAGAUGAUGAAAAUUCCCAAACCAAUUCAUUCGAUUCAAAUAAUAGUGAUUCGAAAAUUACAAUAAAUUUGGGUCCAUCAGAAAAAUCUAGCUGCACACCAAGUGAUUUUCAAUUUUUACGUAUGAUUGGUAAAGGUAGUUUUGGUAAAGUUUAUUCGGCACGUCAUCUGAAAGAAGAUAAAAUAUAUGCCGUCAAGGUUUUAUAUAAAAAAAUGAUAUUGAAAACUAAUGAAAAGAAUCAUAUAAUGAGUGAACGUAAUGUUUUGCUUAAGAACCUGAAUCACCCAUUUUUGGUCGGUUUACAUUAUUCAUUUCAAACAAAAGAUAAACUUUAUUUUGUUCUCGAUUAUGUUAAUGGUGGGGAACUCUUCUUCCAUCUAAGCAAAGAAAGAGCAUUUACCGAACAAAGAGCACGGUUUUAUGCUGCAGAAAUUACCAGUGCAAUUGGUUAUCUCCAUUCACAAGGCACAAUAUAUCGUGAUUUGAAGCCGGAAAACAUUUUACUCGAUUCAGAAGGUCAUAUUGUUUUGACCGACUUUGGCCUAUGUAAAGAAGGACGUGAAACGACCAAUACAUUUUGUGGUACACCUGAAUAUCUGGCACCCGAAGUUUUACGUAAAGAAGCAUAUGAUCGUUGUGUUGAUUGGUGGUGUUUGGGUGCUGUUCUUUUUGAAAUGCUCAAUGGAUUGCCACCGUUUUACAGUCGUGAUAAUGCCGAAAUGAGUGAUAAUAUCCUACAUAAACCAGUGCGGUUAAGGGCAAAUAUUUCAGCUUCAACCAGAAAUAUUAUCGAAUCGCUAUUACAAAAAGAUAAACGAAAACGUUUAGGCGCCAUUGAAGAUGCCGAAGAAGUCAAAAGACAUGAAUUUUUCAAACCAAUCAAUUGGAUUGAUUUGGAAAACAAACGCAUUCCGCCACCAUUCAAUCCCAAUGUGAGAGAUAAUUAUGAUCUUCGGAAUAUUGACCCAGAAUUUGUUCGGGAAUCGAUACCGAAUUCAGUAAUGAGAAAUGGAAUCGGAACAAACGCCAGUUUGAAUGAUAAUGCUUUUCAAGGAUUUUCAUAUGUUCCAGCCGCAACUAUAACAAAUUUUUGAUCAAGUCAAAUCAAAUGAAAUAUCAAUUAUCAGGCACACAUCAAUCACAUCAAACAAAAAAAUCAUAAAAUCAU